AUGGUUUUGCCUCUCGGUCAAGUGGAGUACAACACCAUGACCGCUAUUCAGAUAAAGGAGCACCCCGACAGAGGUGUAUCUGGGGUGGCGGUGGGCCUGGUCCUGUGUCGCUCUAUGGUCUCCCUGGCUGUGGUGGGAGCCAUCUUUGGCCUGGAGUUGCUGGUCAUAUCGCAAGUGAUUGAGGACCGGGACUCGGGCCGGCGGUGUGGCCUGGGGUCAGCUCUGGUGCUUGUGGCGGCGGCGCUGUCGGUAGGGGGAGUGGUGAUGUUGGUGUCUCUGCUCCGGCAGCAGGCCUCUCCUUUGGGCUUCACCCUUACCUUCUGGUGCCAGUUUACCGCAGUCUUCCUGCUCUUCCUCAACGGCAUGGCAGCACCACAUCCAUCACAUGGCCCUGCAGGCACCACCUAGAGGCCACCUGGGGAAAUGCUAGAGGUGAAAGAGCACAAGGAGUCCAGCAGUGUCCAGUUACAGCAGUACGGCAGAAGGCAUUUUCAUGUUCCGAACACGCAGACGUCACAGGAACAGUGAUUUCCUGUUGGGAUUAGGUUUAGGGUUUACACCCAGGGUUGAGGACUGUGGAGUAUAGUGGACAUCAGGACAACUCUUCAUCCAUUGGUGUUACAGUGCCUGAGAUGUAACAGGGUCUUUUGGAAUGGAUCGGCUGUGUGUAUGAUUGUGGCAUGUGCAGCUUGUUAAUAGCACAUACUGGGAACAGUAAACAACGACUGCUGCCUGUCUAUAUGCAGUCAAAUCAUCUUCAUUGUUUUAUGGAAAUACAGCUCUGGAUUGUGUAGAAUAUAUAUAUUUUUUUACAACAUAUGUUAUUCUUAGUUACACUGAGCGUAGUAACUAAUGUGUAACUUCCUUUUAACCCCUUGGCCUCAUAGCUACAUGAUGUACAGUGGGGCAAAAAAGUAUUUAGUCAGCCACCAAUUGUGCAAGUUCUCCCACUUAAAAAGAAGAGAGAAGCCUUCUUUUUAAGUGGCUUAUUUUCCACCAUAAUUUGCAAAUAAAUUCAUUAAAAAUCCUACAAUGUGAUUUUCUGGAUUUUUUCUUCUC